AACCUCGAAACACCAACUCGAUUCCUGCACAUCAAUAGGUACUCGAAGAGGCAAUACCAUGUCCAUUCACAAGGCGCUACUACGACCAGUCCUGGGUACAAAGCCUUGGACAAACACCAUCCGCUUAACCUCUACAACCACCUCGACCUCGACCGUACCUUCGUCAUCCGAACAAACUACCCUAACAUGGCCUCAAUACCUUGCACUCCGUCAUAGACGACGUAUAGUAUCCCAAGUGGCCUCGGUACCGACGACCUUUGCGGCGUUCUUUGGAGGAGCGGCCUACUUUGGGAGUUUGGAGAUGGAUCCUACGCAGCCGAUCUUCGGGAUCGACCCGAUGUUUGUCUAUGGAGGUGCAACGCUCGGAUGUGCGGGCUUGGGAUACCUCGUCGGACCUACCAUCGGAACUCUCCUCUUCAAAGCCUUCAACGGGAGCAAGAACAAGUCGAUGGAGGUGAUGGACAAGCGAUUUUACGAUCACAUCAAGUCGAGGCGGGUGGAUCCCUCUUACCAGUCCAUCAACAACCCCACACCGGACUACUAUGGCGAAAAGAUCUCUUCCUUCAAGACUUACCGACGAUGGUUGAGGGAUCAGAGCGCUUAUCGCCGUAAAGCUCUGCAUGGGAUGAAGGAGGAGACCGAGGCGCUCUGAAUUGGGAAGUAGAUAGGCGAGGUGAGGCGAUGAAGCGGAAAGGGCAGAUCUGAUCAGGGCGGGUGAUCGGGAUGCACCGGGAAUUUCGAGGAGUAGCAAUGAGACGUGGAUCGGACG